GUUCCGGGUUCUCCGGUGGAGGCGGCGAUGGCGGCGGCCUCCUCCUCCUCGGCGGCGGCCCCGAGCUGCCGGGAGGGCCCGGCGGUAGCGGCAGGGCCUGGCUGGAGCGACUCCCAGUUCCGUCGUUACUCCUUCGAGACGCGGCCCAUCCCGCGGCUCAGCCACAGUGAUCCCCGCGCCGAGGAGCUCAUCGAGAACGAGGAGCCGGUGGUGUUGACAGAUACGAAUCUGGUUUAUCCUGCUCUGAAAUGGGACCUGGACUACCUCCAGGAAAACAUUGGCAAUGGGGACUUCUCAGUGUAUAGUGCCAGCACACACAAGUUCUUGUACUACGAUGAGAAGAAGAUGGCCAAUUUUAAGAACUUCAAGCCCAAAUCAAGCAGGGAAGAGAUGAAGUUUGCUGAGUUUGUGGACAGACUCAAAGAAAUUCAACAGAAAGGGAGUGCUGAGAGGCUAUAUCUGCAGCAAACCCUCAAUGACACAGUUGGAAGGAAGAUUGUGGUGGAUUUCCUUGGUUUCAACUGGAAUUGGAUUAACAAGCAGCAAGGGAAACGUGGUUGGGGUCAACUGACUUCCAACUUGCUUCUUAUUGGCAUGGAAGGGAAUGUGACACCAGCUCACUAUGAUGAGCAGCAGAACUUCUUUGCUCAGAUUAAGGGUUAUAAGAGGUGUAUCCUGUUCCCUCCUGAUCAGUUUGAAUGCCUCUACCCUUAUCCUGUGCACCAUCCCUGCGACAGACAGAGCCAGGUGGACUUUGACAAUCCUGACUAUGAGAAGUUCCCGAAUUUCCGGAGUGUGGUUGGUUAUGAGACGGUGGUUGGUCCAGGGGAUGUGCUAUACAUACCUAUGUACUGGUGGCACCACAUUGAGUCUCUCCUGAAUGGGGGGAUUACCAUCACUGUGAACUUCUGGUACAAGGGUGCACCAACCCCAAAGAGAAUUGAGUAUCCGUUAAAGGCUCAUCAGAAAGUGGCGAUAAUGAGGAACAUUGAGAAGAUGUUGGGAGAAGCCUUAGGAAAUCCACAAGAGGUACAAAAAAAAACCAACAUACAGUUACUGCUGUUGAAAUCAUUAUGGCUUAUUGCAGAACUCGAGAUGCCAACUAUUUGGCUCUGCAGGUGACACAGUGAGGGUAGGAGAAAGCAGGGUUGCUCUGUUGCUGUGAAUGGUUCUUCCUGCUGUCUUCAGAAGGUCCUUUGGCUGCAAAAAGGCAAGCUCUUUAAAUUAUAAUUCUGGAGAGGACCUCUACAAUGGUGUAAUUGUUCUUGUAUAUGUGGGGGAAGGUGUACUUUGGCUUUGAGUCCUGCCAGGAAAGUGUUGCUCCCAAACGCUGCUUAGCCUUAUGUGCAGCAACAAUGCCCCAUGUUUAUCAAAACUGUUUUACCUGUUGAAUCCAAGUCUCUUUGACUAAGAGAAGUCUCUUCUGUUAAGCCAUGUGCUUCAGUCAUCUGUGAAUUCUUUGCAAUUUUAACCAACUGGUAUUUCAGAAAAACAGAUUGAAGUUGUAUGAGUAUGCUUUUGAAGAUGUCCUGCUCACCUGAAAGUGGAAAUUCUGGAUGUGAAUAGAAAUGUUUUCACGGUCUGUAACCCUUACCACUGUUCAGGAACUCCUCUUUGGCGCACUCAUCGUGCCUCUCCCCUGAGAUUAUCUUACUGCCAUAGCAUGCUGAACUUCCCUCAGUGAUCAGGCAGUGCUGAGAAAUGGGAGUGACUGAAAACAAAACCUUAGCAAAAUCGUCAGUCCUAGCCUUCCUUCCAAGUGACCCCAAGGACCAGAGAGGAUUCAGUGAGUAAGAAUGUUCCUUCUCUGCCCUGCAAAAAGCAAACCCUGAUGACUACUGACUCCUUUAAAUAGCAUCUACUGAGAAAUUGCAAAUCUAGGGUGGGAAGUGAAAAAGUUUCAAACAAAUACUGGUGAUGCAGUAUUUUGGUGGAAAAAGUUGGGUGUUGGCAGAGAACCCUGCAAUUUUGGUAGGGUAUUUGUGGAUGUGCUCAGGGGUGCCCCAGUGUUUUAUGCGGAAGAUAUUUCAAAAUUGAUUUGGUGUAUCUUAGGUUCAGUUUGUGCAUUAAUAUCCUCUGUCCUGGGCUGCUCAGCUCAUAAGGUUGCAGAGGGAGCAGGCUCUGCAGCUGCCAUUGCAGUGUAUCUGUCCCAGCUAACGAUUUGGUUUUGCUUUGAACAGGUGGGUCCCUUGUUGAACAUGAUGAUUAAGGGACGAUAUGACUAAUGCCUGGCUGCUGGGUGACUGAUGUUGGAGCUGCUUUGUUCACAAGCAAUGGAAGAUACUGAGCGCUAGUAUUGCACGCAGCACUUAACAGACUGAUGGGUUUCCUGACCUGUCCCUGCCCCAGUACAAUAAAGGGGGCUACUGGAACUGCAGAACUGUUAGUACCCCAUUCAUCCUCCAUUCUCAUUUAACCGAACCUCCCAAGAAAGCGUCUGCACUUGCUGGAAGCUGGAUUCAUGCUCACUAACUUGUUUUUUCUCCCUCUGCCCUGUUUGCCACAACAAGGAGCAUGAUUUCUGGCAUUUGGAUGCGUUGCUUCAGGAUUUUCAGGCAUUUGAAGAAGAGCUUGGAGGGGAACCAGGUGUGAUCUUGUUUCCUCAGCCUCACAGGGUUUGGACCUCCUGGCUGGGUUUAUGGAUUGGUGCCUGGGAUGAAUGUAAGAUGGGAAGUGAUAGGUUUAAAAGUCCUCUGUUGUUAGAGGACCUGUCCAUGCUCAACUCUUGGCACCUUUUUGUAAACGGAAACAAACAUAGCCUGUGUGUGAUGGUCAACUGGACAAAUGAUUUGAUUUCUUCAACUUAGGACAUCCAUGCUUUGGACUUAGUACAGGGUAGAGAUCAGAGUGAAUUCAUCUAGUGUGUGAGCACCAAAUCCAAUGCUCUCCAAAUAACAUCUGUGUUGUAGGAGUCUAGAUAAACCUCCUUUCCAACAGCUUUUUCUGGGGAGUGAAGGCUUCUUUCCCAUUCUUCUGAAGCUGCAGUGUGGUUGAAGGGGGAUAUACAUUGUGAAGAGGGAUGCAUUAAUGCUGGGGCACUCUCCAAGUCUUGAAUGGUUAAGCCACAUUUUCAAAUGAAAUUCCCCAGGGGUGCUGAGCUAGACAGUCAAAACGCAGCGUCAUAUAGGUACAGAGCCUCUCUUCUCUCCUCACCAGGGGUGCUGGCUCCUUGGAGUAACAUGGGAAAGUGCCCUUUUUACUGAAACUGCAAGAACUCAAAAUGUGUGGCUGCGCACAGGUGUGCGUGCUUAUGUGAUGAUGUGUGGCUCCUGUCCAUCAGUUAUUCCAUGCCAGUGUGUGGUUCUCUUGUACAGUCAUGUGGAAGAAGUCAGGGCUUUCUGUUUAAAUGUGGUUAAGUUUAUCUUGAUCCUUUUUGGGUUCUGGGACUUGACAUGGCAGACUGGGAAGUGACAAGAGAACCAGACAAGCCUCUGUUUAAGAAUCCUUAGCAAUGACCCUCAAAAAUUAUUUUGCUUUCUUCCUCCUCUUGCAGACAAAAGCCUUAGACUCUUACGGAGACUGGCUUUUUAUUCCCUGAGGUGUGCUGUGCUGCUGUCCCUGGUUUAGGGGAUGGUGCAAAGGUCUUGUAUGUUUGAUGUGGUUGUAAUGGGUCCCAAGAACCAGAGGUGAAAGAAACUUUCAUAGCCCAUAUAUCUCAUCCCAGGGAACAGUGGGGAAUUCAUUCUGUUGAGAUAUCCCAGCAUUUUUCCUGUUGUUCUUUGGGGUUUGUUCUGACAUUAUUCUGAUAAAAGCAUUGAGAACAUGGCACUCAAGAAGUGUUCUGUCUUUGGCCUCAUGUUCCAUCCUUUGGUGCGACAGCUCAUGCACCACUUGCAGUGAGCUUGUCUUGCACAAAGGUGAAAGGCUUCUUAAGCAGGAGGUCCCAAGGGCUAGUUUUCUGGCUGCUUUACAGGUCAGAACAAAUGAAGUGUAAUUGGCAUGUGCAGGGUUCUUGUUUAAGAAAUAUAUCUAUGUCACUGAGUAGUCUGACUGCCAUGUUAUUUGUUGCAGACUCUCCAGAGCUGUGGUUAGACCCAGAUGAAGGUCACUCAGCUGGAUGCUUAUCAGUGUUCAGCCUUUGGGCAGGUGAGAAAGAAGGCUAAGCUGCUGACUCUUGCCAAAAGCCAGAUCUUCCCAGGAAUCCUGGGCACGUGCCCUUGGCUGAAAGAUGCUCAAAUGAAAUCCCAUCUCUGUGCUGUUAACACACAGUAGUCACCAGUACUACUUGUUAGACACCAUCAGCUCUUGAAGUUCAGGGUGGGAGUUCAUAUCCCAUGUGGAGAGAGAAUGGUACUUCAGGAUGCAUUUUUUUUCUUUAUUUGCCAAAGGUCUAACUCUUAAAGUGUCUGAGCAGGUUUUGCUGCGCUUGACUUUGUGAAAGCUCAUUUACAAUGCACUGAUGGACUGACUCCCUGCCCCUUCCCUUUUCACCUUGUGCUUUCAAUGCCCCUUGCCAUGGUAUUCGGAAGCUGUGUGUUCUCUGCUGGGGGUGUGUGUGCAGGGGGUGGGGUGUGACAAACACACGGUACCUUCUGAAGUGUAGUUCUUAAAUACAACCAAUGUUGAACAACAAA